UGCGCGGCUUCAGCCUCUGUUGCCCGGCGAACGCAUUGUCUGUCACUCAACAGGAAUAAUGUUCCUUAUAAGGAAAAUAUGCUCCGAACGGCUUGCCGACAAGACAGGCAAAACAGCUGGACGCGUACCAGGUCGCAAGGUUUUCAGCUGGAUUUCUUCGAAAGAAUAUUUUUUUCCCCGUAGGAUUAGCCUAUUUUAAAGAACAGGCAGAAACUCCAACAUGACGGCGGUUACAGAGAUGGGGACAAUGAAAAUAACUCCAGAAGUCUUGAAACAGCUCCUUCAGCUGUAUAACCUGUCUCGUCAGGAAUUUAUUGAUACUUAUAAAAUACAACCUCUUGUGUACAUACCAGAGUUGCCAACCAGCGCGAAAACAACAUUUGUUAUUAUGUAUGCGGUAAUUUUUAUCCUAGCACUCGUUGGAAACAGUUUGGUGGUUUAUAUUGUCCUGCGAAAACGAGCGAUGCAGACUGCUACCAAUAUCUUCAUAUGCUCCCUAGCAGUGAGCGAUCUCCUUAUUACCUUCUUCUGCAUACCCGUCACAUUGCUGCAGAACAUUUCCUCAGAGUGGCUGGGAGGCGUCCUGGUUUGUAAGACCGUCCCGUUUGUGCAGACGACGGCCAUAGUGACCGGGAUCCUCACUAUGACGUGCAUAGCAGUGGAGAGAUACCAGGGCAUCGUCUAUCCCCUGAGAAUGAAGAGGCAGUACACCCCCCUGAGAGCCUAUAAGAUGCUAGGAGUCGUUUGGAUUGCAGCAGUGAUUGUGGGGUCCCCCAUGUUGUUUGUGCAGCAGCUGGAGGUGAAAUAUGACUUCCUGUAUGAGCACCACCACGUGUGCUGCCAGGAGCGCUGGCAGUCAGUCACCCGCCGCCAGGUCUAUGCCACCUUCAUCCUCGUGGCGCUGUUCCUGCUGCCCCUCACGGCCAUGCUCCUGCUCUACACCAGGAUCGGGGUCGAGCUGUGGAUCCGCAAGCGGGUCGGCGACUGCUCCGUCUUAAACACCAUGAACCACAAUGAAGUCAGCAAGAUGUCCAGGAAGAAGAAGCGUGCUGUGAAAAUGAUGAUCACUAUCGUGCUGCUUUUCACACUCUGCUGGGCUCCUUUCCAUGUCGUCCAAAUGCUGUGUGAGUUCAAUGACCUGGAGAAGAAUUACGACGAGGUCACCGUCAACAUGAUCAUCGCCAUCGUGCAAGCCAUUGGAUUUUUCAACUCCUUCAACAACCCCAUAGUGUACGCCUUCAUGAACGAGAACUUCAAGAAGAACUGCGUGUCGACCCUGUGCGGCUGCCUCCACAAACCAAUCCAGCGCCCCAUUCCGAUGGAGAGGCCCAAACUGACUGUGCACUUCACCAGACCGGUCAAAGAGGACGCCUUCCUCCACAACACACCCCCGGUGCAUGGUUCUGGGACCACCCCAUCUGGAACGUCCCACCGAGAGGCUUUCACUGCGUUUAUCGAGGAGAAAAUAUCUUCUGAUACUUCACAGCUACCAGCUACCAGCUACUCUUGUUCACAGUGAGCAGUAGGACCACAUUCAGAUCAUUUACUCAGUCCAUUUCAAAGGGGACUUCACAUUAAACUUAUUUUUCAGCCUAUUAAUAUGUGAAAUGAGAAAGUUCAGGAAGUGAUAAAAUUAUGUUUAUGUUUUCCCUGGAAGUAAACCAGAAAAAACAUUUCCAGGAGGCAUUUCUCCAAUUAUGGCCACAAGUUCACAGUAACGUUCACAGGAAAUGUCACUGAUUUCCCAGCCCGUGACACAGCACACGCCAUUCCCUGCUCCGCUCUCUCGUUUACGCUACAGGUAACAGGUAACAGGUGACAGGUGAACUGCCUUUCUCAGUCUCCACAAUGGCUACAACAUCCUGGCCUCGCCGUCCCGCCCCACCUCAAUAACUCACACCUGUGACAUCAAAGCCGGGAAUGCUGGCUGACACCCCAAUCAGAGUAAUCAACAAUCGUGAAUUAAUCCAUUUACCAUUUACCAAUCCAGAACUCUGCAGCACAAAUUCGUACCCUCAGAAAAGCCCUUUUGUCACGUCUCAGAUUCUCUCUAGGCUCCAUUGACUGACAGUAAAAUAAAUAUCAUUAAUAAAAGGACUGGAUGCAUCAAGGCCCUGAGAAAUAAAUGCCGUGCUAAAACAUGUGCACUGCAUCUGAAUUCAAAGUAUUGUCAGAGACCAAAAAAAAACAAAACAAAACUGAAUUUUGUGAUUCUUCAGGGAUAAUGCCUUCUGAGGCUAGGUCAUGCAUGAAUGGCCAUCACAGUGAAAUGCCGUCUUUUUAAAUUAUUUUCUAUAAUAGGUUGUGACAUUGUGUAUGCUUUUUUGUUUUUUCUUGCUGAUGUGGCAGUGUAAUGUUUUGUGAAAUCUGUGGCUAGGACUUGUGCCUUGUUAGAGCGAACAAUGAAAUCCUGUCCAUUUCUUUUAUAGUUGAUGAACACCUGACCGUGACCUCGUGUGCUCUAAAAUACUCAUGAACUUUCCAUAACAGUGUCAGUGCAUGCAUUUCUGUGGUGUGGAUUACACUGUAUGAAUCCAUUUAAACUGCGUUUCUGUUCGUCGCACACUCAUUUUGUGUUGUGCUGUACUUAGCUGUAGGUCUGUAGUUCUUACAAACCUGCAUAUUGUCAUGUACUGUAGAUAUUUUAUGCUGCUUUGAGUGGGUGUUUUUGUCAUUUGUCUUUAAUUACUAAUUUGUUAUCACCAAAAUAAAGGCACACGAUCCACAACAGAGAGAAAAGUGGAAAAAUACUCAGAAAAGCCCAUUUGUUUUCCAUGUUUUAUAAUAAAGUUUAAUUGAACAAA